AUGGUUCUUUCCAUCGCACUUGCUGUGCUGACGGCGGAGCAAGUGAUGAAUGGCCUUGGAGAGCACGGUGCGCGAAUUGAAGACGACAAGCUAGAUAGACUGGAAAUUUCAUUCUGGGCGAGCGUCUGGGUCUACAACCUCACACUCACUGUGACAAAGAUAUCCAUUCUUGUACAGUAUCUCCGUAUCUUUCCUGUGCGAAACUUCCGCAUAGCGUGCUUCGCUGUCUUGGGUGUUGUCGUAGCCUACGGCGGCUGGUCGACUUUCUCGAGCGUCUUUAUCUGCAGCCCCGUCGCUUUUGCAUGGGACAAAUCCAUCGGGAACGGACGCUGCAUGAACCAACUUGUCAUAUGGGUUACGAAUGCUGGUGUCAACAUUGCGCAAGACGUAGUCAUCUUCCUCAUGCCAUUGUCUAUCGUCCGGGCCCUUCAAAUACCCAAAUCACAAAAGGAAGGCUUAGUGGGCAUGUUCGUGCUGGGCGCAAGCGGUACCAUGGUCUCUAUCAUCCGACUGUAUACCUUGGACGACAUCGCCAACUCGACCGACGUCUCGUUCGACAACAAAGAUCACGCGACACUAUCUGCGGUGGAGGUGAAUGUUGGAAUCAUUUGUGCAUGUCUACCAGCUAUGCGACCGCUCUUCGCUCUGAUAGCACCGCAUUACUUCUCGACAGCGGCACAAUACACGGACCAGCGAGCCUUCGAUAUCGAGCGCCAAAAGCCUGGAGCUGGCCCACGGGCGAGCGUCCGGCCUGGUACCGCAGCUACGAGGACCAGACCCAACACAGCACGAACGACCAUGACUCGUCCGCCCACCGCCACUGCGAGAACGGCACCAGACACGUCUAGGAAUACUAUCAUCCGGCCCAGUACUGCCACCACAUUGACGAGACCCAGCACGCGGUCAUCGUCGCGGCCAAACACCUCACAGGCCAUGAAGCUUGAGACAUACACUCCGCCGCGGGCAGAUUCGGUCCAAAGCGACAUGAUGCCCCUUCAGCCACUCCCAGCAACGCUCUCUCGGACCGCAAGCGGCCGUUUCUCCAUUACAAACAGCCGCCCGACCACAAUCCGCAUGCACAGCUACAACAACCAUUCUCGCAACGCAAGCAGUAGUUCUGGACGAAGCACACAGAGCACACCACGAGGACGGUCUGCUACCCGUUUCCAAGGAAGCAUUGAUCCUCUCCGCAUGUCGCCUGUCACACCUUUUAGCCCACCCUUCCCCGCCCCUCUACGAACCGUUUCACCGUUGGCACUGGGUCCUAGUGCCCGGCAAUCAAGCAGUCAGCGGACGCCAUCGCCACUACCACCACGGACGCCUGUGCCGGGACAAGAUAAACAGUUACCUCUUACGCCUUUUCCCGUUGGAUCCGCAGACUGA